AGAAACUAAAAGAAAAUUUGCGUUUUAUAUGAAAUGCACAAAAUGCUAAAUAUAUACGUGAAAUAGAAGAAUCUUUUUCAUAUAAUAUAUGCUUUUGAGAAAUGUAACAUUUAUAUCCAUCAGUGUGUGAAUGUAGAGAAAAAAAUAGUAUCUUGGCUGUUAUCCCAAGAAUUUGUAUGCAAAUAUAGUUUUAUAUUUAUAUAAUGAAAAAAGUGAUGAAUCUUUUUAACUAAUCACUGAUAAAAGCUGUAAAGAAACUUAUGGUUUUUGGAGAGGAAGAAUAUAACAAAAUGAUUUUGUUCGCAAAAAAAUGAUGAAUAGUUUGCGUAUAUAAAUAAAGGAAGAGAAGAAAAAGGUUGAAAUAUAUAACAGUUGCGACGCACCUGGCAAAAUGGGCGCUAAUACGUCCACUGGCAGCUACCCUCCUAUAAUGACUACCUCGGGUGGCGGCCAGUCAUCGGGAGGGAUUGGUUCAGGGACUAGCGCUAGUUUCAAUGUAAUGCUCUCGAAUUCAGCGGUUGCUACUGGCUUGUCGGCCUCUAGUAGCGGCGGUAGUUCGAUAAUAGCUGGUGUGGGCGGUCCGCAUACGCGGGAACAGCGCCGAAAACGUGUUACCGGUUUUGCAACACUCAAAAGGAAAUUUAUACGUCGCCGUCGUUCAUCGAAAGCCUGUGAUCAUGCCAGAGUUUUAAGGGAUUUCGUGUCGGAUUGGACACCUUUGGAGCUGGCUGCUCUGUGUGAGGAAUACGAAGCUCUAGCAGCUCUUCGAGAUUUAUCGAUGCAAGCUGAAUUGGCGCGUCCACCUGCAGCCACUUAUAAACAAGAUUUGGCAGCAUUGUAUGAUUUGAAGACUUGUACGGAUUGUGAUCUUGUGUUCCGUGGCGUCAUAUUUCCCGUGCAUCGUUCCAUUCUUUCGGCUCGUUGCACAUAUUUUCGUGAUCUUUUGGCAGGUUGCCCAGGAUUUGGUGCUCGAAUUUGUCUGGAACUACCUUCUUCUCCGAUUGAUGUUCAAAUAUUUGCUUCCCUGUUACGUUACCUCUAUACAGGCGAUCUUUGUUCGCAUGAUACCAGCAUAGACGUUAAUCUUUUGCGACAACUUGGCGAUGAUUUUGGCACGCCUAAUCCUUUGGAACACGAUUUGCGUUAUUUAUUAGAGACAGGUGAUUACGCAGAUGCUGCUUUGGUAUUUACUUCCGAAGGAAGCUGUAGCGGUUCCGUUUUGGGCACGAGUGGGUUAGGAAUAGACUUUAAUAGACCCGACUCGAGUAGCUCGGAGUAUGGAUUUCGACCGAAACUUGAACUACCCUGCCAUAAAGCUAUAUUAAGUGCUCGCUCACCGUUUUUUCGAAACCUGAUAGCUCGUCGUACGCGCAAUAUGGACGCAGAGUAUGCUGAGCGUGCUUUGCAUGUACCGACGCGUAUCGUACUGGAUGAGACAGUCAUUCCGAAGCGUUAUGCUCGUGUCCUCUUGCACGCAAUUUAUUUGGAUACUGUUGAUUUGACACUGAUAUUGCGAGGAGCUGGCUCGGGUAAUGCGGCGGCUGGUUCGCUGGGUGAAGUUCAUGCUCUUGCGACGGGACGUACUCGCCCAACUCCUUUGGAAGAAGCAAUGGAACUCUAUCAGAUUGGACGAUUUCUGGAGUUGGAUAUAUUGGCCCAAGGCUGCGAAGAUUUAAUACUUGAAUGGCUGUCAUUAGAUACACUGCCGACGGUGCUUAAAUGGGGAUCUCAGCCUCAUGGUUCUGCAUGGGUUUAUCGACAAGCAUGCCAAUAUCUACGAGAAGAGUUUUCAGCAGUUAUUUCAUCACCAGUGCUACAUCAACUUGACAAAUCACAACUCAUUCACGUGCUACAAUCGAACUUUUUACAAGCCUCCGAAUUAGAAGUUCUGCAGGCUGUUUUGAAAUGGGGUGAACAGGAACUUAUACGUCGCAUGGAGGACCGUGAACCAAAUCUGUUAUCACACACUGCCCAUUCCGUGACGCGAAAAGGUGUAAAAAAGCGUGAUCUUAGUGACGUUGAACUACGCGAAAUUUUGUCCGAUUUAUUGCCUUUGGUACGAAUGGAUCACGUUUUGCCGCCAAACAGUGAAGUCUUAUGUCAUGCUAUACGGCGGGGGUUGGUCAGUACUCCACCCUCUCACAUGAUAGGUGAUGAAAGAGAAAACUUAAGAGUGAACGCAUGGAUCAGGGGUGGUAAAAAUCAGGGAUUGUUCGUGCGGCCUCGCCUUUUUAUGCCGUAUUUUGAAGAAGUAAAAGCGUUGCUGGAGGAUCGAAUGACUUCGUCCCAUCAUCAGGCAGAUUUGAUGCGUAUGCGUAGAUCCCGUCAAAUGCCUGAUAUUCCGGACACUUUGUAUAUGGUGUCGCGCAUGAAUGCCACUGCUAACAGUGGUGUUGGCGGAGGUGGUGCCGGAACUGCAGGUGGCGACUCCGUUGAUAUAUUAGCUGCAGCUGCCACAAUUCCUCCUCCAGAUACGCAAACUCUUGCCGCAAUGCUUAAAAGAGAACAUAAACUUCGUCAGUCUCCCAUGUGCCAGCGAGCAUUGCAUUUACCGCUUUCCUCCAAACAUGAAAUCGAUCGGCAAAUACGUCUAAGAGUAGUUAGAGAGUUUAACUUACCCGAUGCUGUGUCGGAUUUGUUAGAAACGUCUCUGCUUAACAAUAGCCGAAACGUGGUGACUGAAAUCGGCAAUAUGAGCGAUUCUACAACCACAGUACAAACAGCGGAUGAAUGCUGCAUAUUAGAAGAUGAAGACCAAAGUCCGCCCCCUUCGCCAGCUGCUGCUUCCUCUGGUUCCGUGCCUCGACACAGUUCCAUAAUGAGCAACAAUUAUUUAUCUACUUCAAUGAGUUCAGCUUCGGGGGUAGCAUCAAACUGUGGAUCUGCGAGCAGUAAGGGUACUGAUGGUUUAUCUGGGUGUUAUAGUCGUAAUCUCACAUUUCCUCGCCAACAUGCUGCCGGUUUGUUGGGCUGGAACAAUGGCACUAGUGUUGGAAUGGGCAACGCUGGCUUACCUUCUAAUUACGCUCGCCUUUCAGCAUCGGUUCAUCAUCGUAGUGAUUUGCCUGCUUUAAUAACAGAGGGCGAUUAUCGUAAUUUUGCACAUGGUAACGGAUUAGGUAUUGAUGUGGGAGGCGCCGAGGUAGGUGCCAUGGGCUCUUCAGAAGGCGGCAAUGCUGGUCACCUCUCUGAUAUGAUGCCAGAUGUUGCUAUGGCCACGGCCUCAUUGGGCCAAUUGCACUUAGCAAAUGCAAGCAAUGCCUCGGGUAGUAAUAGUGAUAUGACUGAAAGUCUGCAAUUAGAUUUGGGCGAUGGCUCAAGUCAUGUAAUGGGCAGCGGAGCGGGAGCCACAGUGGGACCAAUAGGAUUGAGGGGACUUCAGCAUCAAUUGCCUCCUGGUAAUUAUCAUCAUUUCAUGCAACGAUCCAAUUCACCGUUUGAUGUUUUACGUCAAAAUCAGCAUUCGCCCGCACCGCCAACACAUCCACCGCCUGGGACGUACAAUUCGGGACCACCACGCUUCUUAUAGAGUUUGCGUGUGGCCCCGGAUGAGGGCCUUUAUUUUAGCAUGCCUUUCUGACUACAAAAUACAACUACCAAACAAAUCAUCUCAAAACUCACCACCACCACAAAUAUAAAAUAA